UAAAUAUUUGUACAUGACACAUAAACUAACGAACUAAAAAGGGCACCGGUGUAUUUUUAUGGUAUUUCCAUUUGAUUUUAAAUGGAUUAAUAAUAAAUUAGUAUAGUUUGACAUUGAACAAAAACGAAUGUCUACAAAUUAUUCACAAUCUAAUAAUGACAAUGACACUUGUCAACAUGAUUUAUUACAUGAUAAACAACAGUUUGGAAUAUAUAAUAAACAAAAUAAGAACGAUAUUAAUGAUUAUUAUUCGAAAAUUUUAUCAAAUCCUAUUAUCUCUUCAUUGGGUCACAAUUUACAACGUAUCCAGAUAACGACUGCAACAACAUUAAGUACAAGUGGUUGUACAAUGGAAUAUGCUAGAAUUAAUACAACACAUGAUAUUGUUCCUUCUGAAAUACAACAGAGUAAGAAUAAAAGUUUAAAUGCUGCAAUGGUUGCUCAUCUUCAUCAAUUAGAAGUACGUAAUCAAAGAUUGGAAAAAGAGAAAAUUAGUCUUGAACAUCAAUUGGCUCAUAUUCUUAAACGGUUGACAACAGAUCAAACUAUUAAUAAAAAUGAACAUUUAAAUAAUGAAAACAGAGGUGAAGAACAACAGCGAAAUCAAUCAUUGUCAUCUGUUAACCAGAAUGAACAAUCAUUAGUUGAAGAGAAAGGUUAUAAUCAUCGGUAUGAUGAAAAAUUAUUAUUGAAACAUGCACCAAUCGCUUGUUAUGAUGAUUUGACAGAUAGAAGUUUACUCGAAUCAUUAAGUGGAUUUAGUUUAGGUGAAUAUUCAAGCUUAUCCGAUGCUUAUGAUGAUAUAUGUUUAAAUAAAAAUCUUGUGAAUGAUGUAAAUGAUUCAGAUCUAUCAGAAUUAUUUUACAAUGAACAAAAAACAUUAACUCAUGAUAAUAAGUGUAACGCAAAUCAAAUAAUCACUGAACAAUCAACACAUAGAAAACACAGCGAGAUGAAUCAAAAUGAAGCUGAUAAUCGGCAAUCAUUUAUGAAAUUUGGGAAAGAAAUAAAACAGUCUAAAGAAUGUUCAUCACUUUCACCUGAGGAAUUAAUGAUUUACAGACCGGAUGAACGAGUACAUUAUGAUGAUAACGAUAACAAUAGUGAAAGUUACUAUAACACCAGCUCAUCAUCGAUUAGUCCAUCACCGAAAUCUGGCAUUCAACGAAGAACAUUAUCAUCUCGUAUGAAACGAGUUAUCGUAACACGUAACGAAAGAUUAUCUAGUUCACUCUCUGUUGAAUCGUAUAACUCAUCAAGUGAUUCUAUGAUAAUCAAUAACAACAGAAUACAUGAUAAUGAACAAGUGAUUAACUUAAAUUAUUAUAAUAACAUGCAUAAUCAGUCUACAUCCUUACCAGUUUCACCAGUUACCUCGAAAAAUUGGAUGUCUAAAAGCGAUUUCUUAAAAUCGAUGAAGGAUUAUACAACAGCAUCAAAACUCUCUUCAAAAAUCAAUAGAUUACUUGAUUCAACCAUUAUUUCUACACUAUAUCCAGGUGGAAUAUGUAAAAGUAUUCACCAACAAAAUAAUUCAAACAAGAGGAGAUCUGAUAUUUCUGAAGCUUCCAAUCCAACUACUUUUAAUUCAAAUACACCACAAUCACAGAAUAAAAACAGUAUGAUUUCUAUAAACAAAAAUAACCUGAUUAAUGGUCCACCAAAAAUUCACAUAUCAAGAAAACACUUAUAUGAACCGAAAGAAUGUAUACGAUUCAGUGAUACAAGUAGUUCAAUUAAUCAAAUUGAAAAAAUUGAUGAUAAUUUAUUAAAAUCAUUAUCUCAUACUAAAAAUAUUGAAAUAACUAGUUUAAAUGAUAAUCAAUCGAUUAAAUAUAGUGUAAUACCUUAUCUAAAAAAAUCAAUACAACAAAAUGUACAACCUACAAAUAUGGAUCAAUCAAUAUACAAUGUUCCAAUCAAUAGUUUAUCUUGUAAACAAAUGAUGAUGAUUGAGUCAUCAUCAUUAUCAUCAGAAGAUCAAUUACCAUAUACACAAUUAACUAUAGGAUCAAUAAAUGAUUUUUUAAAUACUAAUUUAGAAACAUCAUUUUGUAUUGAUUUAAAUUAUUUAUUAGCUAAUGAAAAAAAUCAAUUAGCUUUAAAAUAUCUUUCGCAAUGUAUUAAAUCUUUCGAAGUAUUCACAUGUAUUUCAGGAGUUGCAUAUUUAUUACAAAAUAUUAAAUUAAAUUUAAUUCAUUUAAUGCCUAUACUAAUAAAACAAACCAAUGAAUGUAUUACAAUCAAUUAUGAUCAAUCAAGUGAAACGAAUUCUGAGCCAAGUAUACAUCAAACUAUUGAUUUGAAUCAAUGUUUAAUGAUCAAUUUAAACAAACCAAUCGAUUCAUUAUCAAUAAAAUCAAUAAAACAAUUUGAAAAUUUAUCAAAUGAUUUAUAUAAUUUAAAAUCUAAUACAUUUGAAUCAUAUCAAACAAAUUUAUUAAAACAAUCAAAUAUAUUUGAUAAUUUAUCAAUUUUAAAUGAUGAAAAUAAAUUAUCUAUUUGUGAAAAUUAUUCUGGUGUUUUAUUAAAAUUAAAUAAUCAUUUGAAAAUAUGGCAUCAUUAUUGGUGUAUACUUACAUCGAAAGGUUUAUUUCUUCAUCAAUGUCAACCAAUUAUCACAUUGAAUCAAUCUACAACAAUCAAUCAACCGAAAAAAGUUAUUCUUUACACGGAUAUUCAUAAUGUACGUCGUCCAACGAAUAUGUCAACAUCAAUAAAUCAAUUGAUGUGUUCAAGUUUACCUAAGAAUGAUUCAUUAUUAUUAUUAUCAUCUGAAUCAGCAACAACAGCGACAGCAUCGACUACACGUAAUAAUAUAGAAACACGUCCAAAUGUUAGUGCACCAGUUUCACGUAAAUUUACACAUAUUGAAAGUAUGCCCAAAAUUCGUGUAGAAAAAUAUUUUGAAUUGAUAUUACAUAAUAAGAAAGUGUAUCGACUACGCGGUGUAACUAGCCAAGAAACAACGAAGUGGUUAAGUUUGAUAAAAAAUAUGCUUCGAAUCAAUGAAGCUGAACAGAUACUGAAUAAAUAUAAAUCACAAAUUAUUAAAGAGGGUUGGUUGAAACGUGUGAGAAAAGGUCAGAUUGCAUGGUUUUGGUGUCGUCUAGCCGGUUUCUAUUUGAUUUAUUCAUUAAGUCCACAGAGUACAGUCCCAGUUGGUUGCAAAAAUUUGAAAAAUUCAUACAUACGUUUAAUUGGCAAUCAAACAUCUAGCCUAGAAAGCGGUGUAACACAAAGAACAAAUAAACCAUGCAAUAUAUCCACAGAUUUUCAUGAUUCUGGCCAAUUACUUACAUCUAGUUCAGAUUCAGAUUCCCUUUUGAUUAGUUUAAAUUGUUCAAAAUUAAAUCAAGAACGACAACAAACAAUUAAAAUAUGGACACCAGAACAUGAACCUAUUUAUUUAUUAUGUCCUACAGUUGAAGAAUGUGAACAGUGGAGAGAUAGUUUAAUUCGGGCGACAUUACACUCUCCCACAAUUAUUGAUUCUAGUGACAUACAAAAGUCACCGUUAUCAUCAUCAACAUCACCAUCCAUUAAAUUAUUUGAAAAUAUUCGAGAAAUAUGGAAACAACUAGUAAAUUCAUCACAUAUAAAUAAUUUAUAUCAUUCUAUUGUUUCAAUUAAAGAGCCUAUUUCAAAAACCAUAUCAAUUGAAUACACCGAGAUUAGUUUACGAUUAUUUAAUCAUUUACUAUUUCUUUGUCAUCCACAAAUUGAUUUAAUUGACAAUUCAAAUUUACAUUCUAUAGAAAUACCAUUAAACUGUUUAAUCAAUAGUUCACAAUGGUUAACAUUAAAAUAUUUAAUUAUGAAACAAAUAGUAUACUUUUGUUUAAAAUAUCCCAUAUUAAAAGAUGAACUUUAUUUACAAUUAAUUAAACAAGUAAUUUUUGCUGGUAUACAUACAAAACAAAUACCAAAAGAUGCUUAUAUAGUUUUAUUUAAAAAUAAAAUUAUAAAACGUACUUUUGCAAUACUUACAUGUACUAAAAGUCAAGAAUUAACAGAUGAAUCAAAUCUUAUCACUAGUCAUUUGAAAUAUUGUAAUAAUUUUAAACAGAAUGAAGGAAGUACUUUUCAUCUUCAAAUUGGAAAUCGGUACAAACAAUCAUUACCUGAAGUUAUAUCUCAAUUAACCUUAUCACCGAUAGCUAAGUUGAUUAUACCAUUAACUAAUUUGAAUAAUAAUCGGAAACCAGAACAUUGGUGGCCUUCUAUAGCAAUCUGGGAAUGUCUAUGUUUAUUUUUAACAUUUAUGUUACCAUCCGAUCCAGUUGUAGAAUGUCUUCAACAAGUUUUCAAAUUAUACAUGGAUCCAAUACGUUUAAUUUCAUCAACAGGAUUAUCCAAUGAAAUUGAUCCAUAUGAGAAAGGGAAAUCAGAAGGUGUACAAUUGAAAACUAGAUAUUUCACAGAAAUUGCUGGCUAUGCAGCAUUUUGUCAUGAUACAUUAAACCGAACUAAACUAUAUGGUGGUCGCGAUCAAUAUCCAUCAGUUUUAGAAGUGUUCACUAUAUCCAUACGUAAUCCUUACAUGCAUGUAUAUCCUUUCUCAUUACCAAUUUACUUACCAUUUGGAUCCAAUUAUGAAGUGGUCAACUUUCAUGGUAGUUCUACAAUACAAGAUUUACAAAUGCAAAUUAUUGAAAAACUUGGAUUUCAUGAAAUCAGUUGUAAACAUACAAUUCUAUUUGGUAUAUAUUUAUGUUUAGGUGAAUCAGUUAUAGAAUCAAAACAUAUUUAUUUAAAUCCACAAUGGAAAAUAUGUGAUAUCAUUUCUAUACAUGAACAAUUUACAUUAGAACAUUUAUUAACUAAUAAUCAAUCAAAACAAAAACAAGAACAACCACAACAACAAAUCAAUUCAAUUAGAAUUGAUCAAAUUACAAUUAAACUUUUAUUUAAAGUACAAACAUUUACAUGGAAAAUUCUACAUCAUUUAAUAUUGAAUAAAUCAAAUAUAUUUUUAUUAAAUUUUAUAGUACAUCAAUUACAUGCAAAUAUUUUAGCAAAUAAUUAUCAAAUACCAAUACGUGGUAUUGAUUUUAUUGAUUUAAUUGUUUAUUUAUGUCGUGCUGAUUAUUAUGAUUAUUCUGAAUUACAAAAACGUCAUGAACAAAUAACAUUUACUGAAUUAUUAAAAAGUUAUUUUCCUAUUCAUUGGUUAUCCUGUAAUGAUAAUAAUAAUAAUAAUGAUCCAACUGAUUCACAAUCAUUUAUACAGAUCAAAUUAAUCAUAUUAGAUCGUUGGACAAAAUUAACCAAAUGUUCAUUCAAUACAAAAUCUCAUUUCAAUAAAUGUAAUAUCAAUAUAAAUAAUAAAAAUGAUGAUAAUAAUCAUAAACCGGAUCAUGAAAACCAAAUAGAUUUAGCUACAUUUUAUGCAUGUUUUAAUUAUUUAAAACAUUUAAAACGUUUAUAUCCUUAUCGAUUUUCAUGUUCAGCCUAUAUUGCUCGUGUGAAUAAUUUAAUAUCAAUACAUGAUAAUCAAUUAAUAUGGAUUGUACCACAAGAAGAUAAAAUUAAUUUAUUAACAUGUGGUACAUUUCAAUUAACAAAUUUAGAAAUAUUAAAUCAAAUAAAUCUAUUAGGAUCAAAUCAAAUUUAUUGUUUAAAAUCAAUAUUAUAUAAAAAUAUUAUAGCAUAUGGUAGUCAAAAGAAUGGAAUAUUUUUUCUUGUUUAUAUGGAAUAUACAAAUCCAUCGGAACAAUAUGGAACAACAUCUAAACAUAUAAACAAUUAUGAUGUUUUAUCAAAACAAUAUAUAAAUCAAAUCAAAAAUACUAAUUAUUAUCCAUUCACUUCAUUAUCAUUAUCAUCAUCAUCAUCAAAUUUUGUAAAUAGUAACCAAAGAAAUAUAACUCAACAUCAACCAUAUUAUUAUAAUAAUAAUAAUAAAGAAUGGAAAUUAUUGAAUACACAUCAAAGUAUAACAGUGAGAAAGUUAAGAUUUUUUUUAACUGAUUUACAUGCUGUAAUGGAUUUAACGAAUGUACUUACAUUUUUAAUAAAUAUUCAACAGAAAUCUGAGAUCAUUUGAAAAAAAGAUCAUAUACAUGAGAAGAAAAAGGGUUAUUGUAUGUAAGAAUAAGUUGAUCAUUAAAAUUUUAAAAUAAAUUGGUUACUAUGGAGAUAAAAUAAUUUUGUCAAUACAAAUCAUGAAAAGAUUAAAUCAAAUCUCUUAUAGGUGUAUAUUAUUAUCAUUAUUAUUACAGACGAUUAAAUAAAAAGUAAAUUAUCAAUGUUUGUAUGGUGUGAUUUGUAUAAAAAUUUAUUUUUUUAGUCAUUUUAUUACCAUUUUUAUAAAGAAAUCACG